AUGGCUGUACAGUGGGAAGUCACCGAUAUGACGGUUGAGACCAGCCCAAGUGAUCACACCCGAGAUAGCCUCUUCGCCAAUGGCCAAAUGCAGGUACCUGUAUUCGUGUCGAUUAAGGCAAUCGAUCCGGCCACCGGUGCAGGUCACACGCUAAGGGAGGCAGAGCUUAAUACGAUCAAGCUUGUGGACUAUUUCAGUCCUCCUACACAACUGUCGGCCCCUUGGACUUAUUCGGGCCAGGAAAACGAAUUCCACCAUGUGUUGCCGUCAACAGCGAGCGACGAGACGCCCCAAACGGACGGGUCCAGUCCUACUGCAGCGUUGCAAAAGAAAACCUGGUGGGUUUCGACCUCGAGAGUCGAGCACAAGAACAUCGGGGCAAGCAUCCAGGCUCCCGAUCGGACCGUCUAUCAUACCGGCGGCGGUGGUCCGGGCAGCUUCGAUUCCCAUGUGACCAUUAGUGGUAUAGCCUCAAUCCAUUACAACAUGAGUAAUGUCGGGUUCGACCGAGAGGAUACCGCAAAUGGGAAGACUACGAGCGGGGCUCACACAUUCGAUCAGGACAAUUAUUAUCUUUCAAGCAAGGUCUACCGAUUCAGAAAAGUCCAGAUGACGGGCGGUUAUUUUUCGGGCCCUCCGCCGGUUGAGUACUCUUACGUACGAGUCUCGAAGAAGCAGUCCUUUGCCGUCAUGGAGCAAACCUACCUGCACUACUUGUGGCCGAUUGGCUCGCAACAGACAAAGCAGGCAGGGCACCAAAACGCAACAGCCAAUAUCACAGUCAAUCAACGACACGGUGCCCUCUGUCUCACCCGUCUCACCUUGAAGGGCCUUGUAUUAUACGGCGAUAUCGGUGCCGGCUUUAAUGGUCGAUUCACGAUAUGGGAUGAAUAUGGUAAUUGGGGGAAGUUCGGAGCUGGCAGUAAAGACUACUACAACCUCAUCACCGUGUCCGCCCACAAUUCGUUAUUGGAUGAAGAGUUCUCGCCCAGUGAGAAAUGCACUCCCAUCAGUCCAGAAGAGGCUGCUUCCCUUGAACCUGGAAAUUGA